GCAAGGUGAGUGGGGUUCACGUCCAGAUCCGGGACGUGCCUCAAAAGGCUGUCUGCAUGUCUGCACAUGUCUGCAGGGCCGAGGGGGUUAAUGGUGGGCCCUGCCUGCACUCGGUACCUGCAUCUGGAUGUCGUGCCACUUUUGAUCUGAUCCGAAUCUCGCAUUGAAAUGAACAUUCCUUCAUCUUUCUGAUCCCCCGUCAUCACUUCUCACUCCGGUCCCCCCCCCACGUCUCGCCUCGGCCCGUCGCGCUCUAGGAUCUUGCCUUCGGGACCAUGGCCUUGACCGGAGACAUCCUUGCGCCCGAGAGUCCCGCCUUGCCUGCUCUGCCCGCCGACGACUUCUGGACUGACACCGAGUGGGAUGUCUUCACUGCUAUCCUGGACACCAUCGUCCCAGCUGUGGUGUCCAAGUCGUCUCUGGUCGACACGAGAGGCCAGCUGGCAAUCCCCGAUGGAGACUACUCGGCCGUCCUGAGCACUGCCAGGGCUACCACCCUCCAGUCUCAAGAUGAGGCAUCUCUGAGGGCAUUCAUGGAAGACAAGGCCUCAACCCACCCUGCCGUACGCCAUGUCUCGCUUCGCAUAGCCGCCCGCCUGUCAGAUGUCCAGAAGGAUGGCCUGAAGCGCCUCCUCAAGUCCUUGUCCUCCAGCGUAGGAGCCUUCCUCCUCACCGGCUCAUGUGUCCCCUUCCACCAGCAGCCGGCCCACGUACGAGAGUCCAUCGUACAGGCUUGGCACAACUCCUGGUUCCCCAGGAUGAGGAACGUCGCCAGGAGCCUCGUCAGGAUAAGUCAGGUGAGCUGGCUGAUGUCGUCGCCCACCUUCCGCCAGGUUACCGGCUACCCGGAUAUCCCAGUGAACUGGAAGCCGGGCCGUGACUUUGGCUACAGGUUUCUUCAGUUUCCAGCCCCUGCACCCAGCUCCAAGCCAGAGGCCGAGUGUGGAAACACACCGGCCACCAUCGAGACGGACGUCGUCAUCGUUGGCUCAGGCUGCGGUGGUGCAGUGUGUGCAAAGGUCCUCGCCGAGGCGGGCCACCGGGUCAUCGUCGUCGACAAGGGCUACAACUUCCCCACACCCAUGUUACCGCUGCCGGGUCCCGUAGCCAGCCGCUACCUCUUUGAUAAGAGCGUCACCCACUCCGUGGACGGUUCCAUAGGUAUCGUUGCUGGAUCGACCUGGGGCGGUGGCGGGACGGUAAACUGGAGUGUGUCCUUGCGCACCCAAGACUUCGUGCGGAAAGAGUGGGCUGCCCGGGGUCUGGACUGGUUCGACAGUCGGGAGUAUGACGAGUGCAUGGAUCGUGUGUGUGAGCGCAUGGGCGUAGCCACAGACCCAGUGGUUCAGAGCCAACGCGGACAGGUGCUCCUCGACGGGAGUACUAGGCUGGGCUGGAAGGCUGGAGUAUGCCCCCAGAAUUCCGGCGGAAAGGAGCACAGCUGUGGCCACUGUACUAUGGGCUGUGGCAGCGGGGAGAAGCAAGGCCCGACCCAGACAUGGCUUCCGGAUGCAGCCCGCGCAGGCGCCGAAUUCAUCGAAGGGUUCACUGUCAACAAGGUGCUCUUCGAAGAAGCCGAUGGCAGUAAGAAGACAACAGGUGUGGUCGGCACGUGGACGUCAAGAGAUUCGCACGGGGGUGUAGGCGGGCCGAUGGAGGAGAGAACAUCGAGGCAACUGGUUGUCAAAGCCAAGAAGGUGAUCGUGGCGUGUAAUGCCCUGUUCAGCCCAGUGCUUUUAAUGAAGAGCGGCCUAAAGAACCCUAAUAUCGGCCUCAACUUAUACCUUCAUCCAUGCAAUAUGGCGGGCGGCUUCUACCCUGAAGAUGCUCGCCCCUGGGAAGGCGCCAUCAUCACGAGCUACAACUCCCAGUUCGAAAACCUGGAUGGUCAUGGCCACGGCGUCAAGCUCGAAACUACCAACAUGACGCCCUACACGUGCCUCUCCGCCAUGCCCUGGCGCAGUGGCCUGGACUUUAAGAUGGCGGCCCUGCGUUAUCGGCACUACGCAGGCUUCAUCUCUGUCGCCCGGGACCGAGACCCGGGCAGGGUGCUCGUCAACCCGGCGACCGGCGACCUCCAGAUCGAGUACACCCCGUCGGCGUUCGACCGCGCAAACGCUAUUGAGGGUGACUUGGCUCUAUGUAAGAUUAUGUACGUCACCGGGGCGCGUGAGAUCAACCCUUUCAUCCACGGUGUCGAGCCUUUCGUGCGCGACGAUGCGGAGCUCGAGGCCGCCAGGGCCACCGCGGAGGAGGCGCAGGCCAGGGGUGGCCUCUUCCAGAUCGACGACCCGAGGUUCUCGGCCUGGCUUGACAAGGCGAGGAGGCUGGGCAACGUCCUGGGCAACCCGCCGUGCUCUUCGGCGCACCAGAUGGGCACGUGCCGUAUGUCCGCAUCCGAGGAAGAUGGGGUUGUCGACACGUUUGGGAAGGUCUGGGCUACCGAAGGCUUGUAUGUGGCCGACAGCAGCGUUUUCCCUUCGGCGAGCGGAGUCAACCCUAUGAUCACCGUGAUGGCCAUCGCCGACAGGAUAGCGAGGGCCGUGGAUCGGAACUUGAGCCUAUGAGAGCUGGCGUGGCUCAAGGACGGAUCCAACGUAACGUUGGCUUGGUCCAUAAGUUCUGGGCUAUUGUUGAGAAUGGGCUUCGAGACAAAGGAAUCAAAAAUCUUCUUUUCCUGAAUUGGAGACUGAGGCCAUCAGGACAUGCAGGAACGUGAUUUGGAGGAAUAAGCGAGAUCACAGGGACACAAGUAUCGUUCACCACCAGCAGCAUACAUCAGCAUUUACUAGUCGCACAAAUUUCAAGGUUUUCGUAAGUCGGUCAAAUGGGGACCAAGGAGUAUUUGAAUGGUUUUAUGGAAGGUACGGGAUACGAGUCACCUAUUCUGGGACCUUUUCGAACUGCAGAUUUGUCAUAUAAACACUCGUCUCUCUGGAUGUAUUUACUGGUAUCAUAUACGUGGGACCCUCUAUAGGUCAGACCAUCACCACCCCCUCAUGGCAAAAUGAUCUGCGCUGCUGGAGUUUGAAUAAGGAUUAGAUGUUUUAUGUCCUACUUCUAUGUCCAGCACUUCGGUAGCCUUCAAAGGUUGUCCAACUCGUAUGCACCCUACCCUGUGGCUACCCAGUCCGUCUGCACGUCCCAUUCCGAAUCAGCGCCGUGCAGUUUCCUGAAUACGACAACCCAGCUGCCGUCCUCCCUCUCGCGCCCGAUGAUGGCAUCGUGGACCCUGAGCUCCUCUGCGAGACCAAACGGCGCCUCCGUGAUCAGGCCGCUCGGGAGGUUGCUAGUCCCUAGAUGCUGCUGUUGUUGUGGGAAAGAAAGCGUGUCUGCCGCUGUUGGCUGGAACACAAUGUUCGGUUGUGUUUGGCUCCCAGAGAUCGCAGAAUAGCCGUGCUCGUCGAGAUCGGGCGAGGAGCCGUCCGAGCCGGAAUGUGAUGCCGAGUCGCCCACCGCAAGCCCCGCAAGCUGCGGUUGCCUCUCGUUGCCUUGAUACAUGGUAUAAGAUGAUGCCCCGGCGAAGUCUUUUCUUAAGUCGGGCUGGUAUGAUCCCUGGCUGCUGUGUUCUGACUGUUGACGUUGUUCGUGUGACCAGAUGUGGAUGUUCACGUCGUGCGCGUGGAAACCGCUCGCUGCCGAGUCCAUCGCUGAGUUGAAUGAGAAGCCGUCUGUAGAAGAAGAAAGAGAAGGCUCUUGGCUUAGAGAGGCCGGGAUGUUAGCAUCUCCGCGGAGACCUUGACCUGUAGAUUGCUCCAUGGGCUGGUCGGCAUCGAAAUCCAUGAAUCUCAAGUCCGGUACGGAGCACUGAACCGGUUGAUUGAGGGCGUCUGCUCGGUUCAAGUCCAUAGGCUUGUCAUGGCUCGAAAAGUCCGAUCGGUAUCGAGAUGCCUGUUCUAGGC